CUAGACCUUAUUGACAUUUGGCGGGUCUCCAAUCCGGAUAUCAGAAGAUUCACUUGGAGAAGAAGCAAGUGUGAAAACAGGUUUUGCCUUCACAAAAGGGAAAACUGACGGACGGGGAAAAACUCUAAAACUCUCUGGGAAAGGCCUUUUCCUGGGGACACUCGCUGGCUGCGGGAAGGUACGGAAUCUCUUACGUCUGCUGAAUACCCUUGAGACAAUGAUCACAACAGAACUUGGUUCCAACGUAGAAGUUUAAUCCAAGACUAUACUGCGGGUAGAGUCAGGAACAUAACCAAAGAAAAUCUUACAAAACACCGGUGUAAAUACUCUAAGUUGAUGACGCGAUACAGAUUAGGUCAUGUACUAGCGAGGUAAAUUACAGAACACAACAAUCAUUUCUAAAAGACUAUUGGUGGAAACCUAAGCUUGCUUUGAAACAUUAAUUACUUUCAAAAGCUACACAGGUGGAUAACGGCUUCUUACAGGUUGAUUACAGUUUGAAGACUAAAUACAAUUAUGACUUGACAAAUAAGUUUAUGCUCAAUAAAUCAACAGGUUGUUUACAGCUUAAAGAAGUUAAGACUAAGAAUAAAUGAUUUCUACAUUGGCUUUUCAUAUUUUUAUCAGCGAAAGCAAAACAACUGAAUAACAAUAAAUUAUCUCUUCACACAAGCCCGAAAUUCACUGUCGCUUAGACUUUUUCUUGACGAGUAAUAGUCUAAGUUCGGCAAUUACAAAAGCUGAUAUUUUACCAGGAUACAAAACAGACCAUUCUUUGAUAACGCUCCACCUUGCAAACAAUACCAAUCCCAGGGGCCCGGGCUUCUGGAAGUUAAAUACGUCU